GCAGUUAAAAUGCUGGUUACAGUCCGUUUCAGUUGGUAGAAAACAAAUUUUUAGUGGUCAACAUUGCACUAACAGCUUUGCUUACUUUGUAAUGUCGUCGUCGAGUAUCGAGUGUCGUCGUCUUUUAUAAAGUUUUAUCAAGAUAUUUCCGGACUAAGUUGGCGAACGUGAUAAACUAUAAAGUAUUAUAUGAAUAUAAAAGUGACUUAUCGUGAAAUUUGUUUAGUGUUGGACUUAAAUAAAAAGAUUUUUGUGAUAAGAUUCUAAUUUUAGUCACCCCUAGAGGGCUUUUUUUGGCAAAAUGAUGACUGAAAAUAGAAUUAGUUCAAGUAAUCACGUCGGAAACAUGAGCAGUCAGAAAGGAGAAGUCGAUAAAACUGUAGAAGAUAUUGGGUGGAAAGCAAAAUUAAAACUACCCCCCAAAGACAGAAGACUUAAAACCAGUGAUGUAACUGACACAAGAGGAAAUGAGUUUGAAGAGUUUUGUCUUAAAAGAGAAAUUUUGAUGGGAAUUUUUGAAAAGGGAUGGGAGAAGCCAUCUCCUAUUCAAGAGGCUUCAAUUCCCAUUGCACUUAGUGGUAAAGAUGUUCUGGCCAGAGCAAAGAAUGGUACUGGCAAGACAGGCGCUUAUUGUAUUCCAGUUUUAGAACAGGUUGAUCCAAAAAAAGAUGCUAUACAAGCACUUAUAGUGGUGCCGACCAGAGAGUUAGCACUGCAGACAUCACAAAUUUGCAUUGAACUGGCAAAACACACAGACAUUCGUGUAAUGGUCACCACGGGAGGAACUAACUUAAGAGAUGAUAUAAUGCGCAUUUAUCAAAAUGUCCAAGUAAUAAUAGCCACACCAGGGCGUAUGAUUGAUCUCAUGGAUAAACAAGUAGCCAAGAUGGACCAGUGCAGGAUGCUUGUGUUAGAUGAAGCGGACAAACUCCUCUCUCAGGACUUCAAAGGCAUGUUGGAUACUGUUAUCUCACGGCUACCAAAAGAACGUCAAAUUUUGCUAUUCUCAGCAACCUUUCCACUAAAUGUAAAAAAGUUUAUGGAGAAACAUUUAAGAGAACCAUAUGAGAUUAAUCUCAUGGAAGAAUUAACAUUGAAAGGAGUCACACAAUACUAUGCAUUUGUACAAGAAAGACAGAAAGUGCAUUGCUUAAAUACACUCUUUUCAAAGUUACAAAUUAACCAGUCUAUUAUAUUCUGUAAUUCGACCCAGCGCGUAGAGUUGCUCGCUAAGAAGAUAACGGAGUUGGGUUACUGUUGCUACUACAUACACGCACGUAUGGCUCAGGCGCACCGCAACCGCGUGUUCCACGACUUCAGGGCGGGGUUGUGUCGCAACUUGGUGUGUUCGGAUCUGUUCACUCGCGGUAUAGACGUCCAGGCUGUGAACGUGGUUAUAAACUUCGACUUCCCGCGCAUGGCGGAGACCUACUUGCAUCGCAUCGGUCGCUCCGGCCGCUUCGGCCAUCUCGGUAUCGCAAUCAACCUCAUCACUUAUGAGGAUCGCUUUGCGCUCCACCGCAUCGAGCAGGAACUGGGCACUGAGAUCAAACCUAUACCCAAGGUGAUCGAUCCCGCCCUGUACGUGUCCCGCCCCGACGAAGACGACUCGGCAGAUAAGUAACGCCGUGCUCUCUGGACUUGCUGACUGGUGAAAGGAAUUAGAAUUAAACUACAAAAACAAAAAACUUAUUUGUAAAAAGUGUAAUGAAUUUAUUGUUAACAAAAUGUGCGUGUAUAUAGUUUAUCGUGAUAUAAGACUUUAACCUGAAGAAGGUUGAUUUUUUUAAACUGUAUAUAAACAUCGGGCAUCAGGACUUACGAAGGCACCUUGCGCUCUUUGUCCAUAUUGGAUUCUGUGCGCGGUAUCCUAGGAUUGUUAAAAAGUAAAAUAUUUAUCUGAGUAUCUACUUGUGAGAGUCUAUCUAAAUUUGUCAGUGAUCUUAGCAUAAAUUGUGGUAGACUUUCAAUUUAAUAUGCUUCUUCAACCUACCCAUAUGUUGUAAAUUUGAGCUAGCACAAGAUUUGUUUUACACUUCUCUAAUCAAUAUGUCUUAUAAUCAGUGUGUGGGUAGGUAACAAGACUAGCUCAAAUCUAAAUUAUUGGAAUAUCAUAAUAAUAUUUGAAAUUCUGCAUUAUGGAUAUUGUUUCUGACCGCUUGGAACAAUGUCAUGUAAAUCAAGCCUUUUUUUUUUCAUUUUAAAUCAGGUUAAAGUAAUACUUUUCAAGACUGAGACCAGUGUGGUUUUAAUAAGAACAAAUCAGGAAAUAAAAGAAGUAUUUUCCAAUAACCUGGCUUGUUUGAUUUGUUCAGACUUGAAUUGUAUCAUUUAAUCAGAUCUUUUUCUUUUUAGUUUAAAGAAGCGGUUCAAAGUCACAGUUUAGAUUUGAAGAAAAUUAAAGAUUCAUGAGGGUUGUACUAAUUAAAGUAUUUUUUUUUUCUAUAUUGUGAUUGAGCUGAAAUAAAUUAAACUUACAUACAACCUUCUUUACAAAACAAACAAUAUUUGCGACUGGCUUUCCUUCCCAUGGAAAGAUCUAGAACUGUGACUAAAAUAAAGCGGGGAAUGCCUACAUUCUGUUAUGGCUUGCAUUGUGUGCAUUCCUUAGCUUAGGGGGGGUCAUCAUAUGAGGGCAUUUUUGUUCAAAUAAAAGCAAAGUUGUUUUGCUCUCAGGAUUAGAAAUUUGGGAUGUCAUGUGAAGAGUUAAAUUUAAUGGUCGACCACUUCAUAAUUUCUUUAAAGCUAUAACAACCAUUGUUAAAUUAUGUACCCAUUAAUUCACUGCCACUGCAGUUGUUGCAUUACAGUUGUAUACUAUAUUCUUUUUUUAUUGGUUUUUCUGUAUUAUCCGUUUAAGUACAAUAGAUAUGUUAUGUUGUUCUCUUCAAUAUAAAACAUUCUUGAAUCAUAGCAAUGAUGUUAAGUAAAUAUGGUUCGAAUAUCUUGUAUCUGUGAUAUAUUUCAUCAUACUCAUGCCUGGUGAUGAUUGGGACAUGGAAUGACAUAAUUAGUGUGUUACUUUGUCUUCCUAUUAGUGUAAAAAAAUAACUUUUAACUAGUAACUUAACCAUUAUUUGGACUGGUUCUGUUUCAAGUCUAACUUUACCGUGAUAUAUUGAUUAGUACAAAAAUAGACUUUGAUCUUUGUGUAUAGGAAAUUCUUGCCAUGACUUUUCACCAAAUUCAUAGCCAGGCAAAUAACCAUAUCAUAGAUAUUUUUAUAAAAAUGUAAUAGUCUCAUAACUAUGAUUUAAAUAUACUUUAUAAGACAUUGAUAUAAAGAAAUCAUUUGUUUAGCACACUUCAUUGAACAAUCUGUUUCCAACAUCUAGACAUGUAUAUAACCAAAUUUUAAAUUAUUUCAAGAUUCCAUAGUGUCAAUUCAUUUAUUAGUUGCAUUAUUGGCAAAUAAAAAUUAUGUGUGUAUUAGUUUCCGAAUUAGUUUUAAAACAAACUAUUAUUAGUAAUAUAAAAAAAACAAGAGACCAAAAGUUUAGUGCUAUAAAAGAUGACUAUUUAACAGAUCUCUUUAUUUAUAUUAUGUAUUAUUUGUUUUUUUCCAACUGAAAAGAUAUACAUUCUUGUUGAUAAAAGGGCCAAAAUAAACUCUUCACACAA